AUGCGGGUAGAUUUCAUGGCUGCGUCUGUGUGCACUAUAAAAAAUAGAUUCACCUAUGUUUCUAAGCAGUUCCAGUUCAAAUGGCAACCGUUAUAUUUACAGGUUACCGUUCUGUCACUUCUCGUGGUUGGUAUCUUUGGCAGUUCUCUGCAAUCUUACAACGCCCCGGCACCGUCCUACAAUGCCCCUGCUCCCACAGGACCAGCCCAGUACGACUUCAACUACGCUGUGAAACAUGAUUAUUCCAAUAACGACUUUGGCCAUCAAGAAAAUCGAAAUGGAUACGACACUCAAGGAGCUUACUUUGUACUGCUUCCAGACAGCCGUAUACAGAGGGUAUCAUACAACGUAAAUGGCGACGCUGGAUACGUGGCCCAAGUUACUUACGAGGGAGAAGCCCAAUACAGAGCCCCAAGACCAUCCACUUCUUACCAGCCUGCUCCUUAAGCUUAACCCUAUCAACUAGCAUAUUCUUUAUUCUGCAGAAAUAAGAAUAUAACUAUCUAAUGCAAUUACAAUAAAAGUUUGGACAGAUAAAAAUCCUCC